AGCUUUCUGGUCUCCUUCUCUUCAACAACGGCUUCUUUUGCCAGCGCAAGUCAUUGGCGUGCUUGACUUCAUUUCUUGUCUUCAAGACAUUUACAAUUCGAUCUUUACAGAGAAAAAAGAAACAGAACACAAAUAGGAAAACAAAAACAAAAAAGAAAAGAACAUCUGCACAUACACACACUCUCCAUCCUAUCUAGAGGCCAAGUCGCAAUACCGCAAACAUGUCGGACCUCGACCACUUCAGCAUGCUCCCCAUCCAUAUGGACCCCCAGUCCAAGGCCAUCCUCCCCUCCGGCAGCAGACCGUCGCGGGCCCUCGCCGCCGAGCUCGAGAAGCUCAACAACCUGCACCGCGCCAUCCUCAGCAUCGAGGUGCCCCCCGGCGCCAUCCCGCUGGUGCCCCCGCCUCCGAUCCCCGUCAACCCGAAGCGCACGGCCAACGUGUCCAAGCUGCGCGACAACGGCAACGCCGAGUACCGCAAGCAAAAGUACGCCGAGGCGAUCAAGCUCUACACGCAGGGCAUCGAGAUGGCGCUGCAGCGGCCGCUGUGGGAGCCUGCCGCACUGGUGAGGGAGGAGGUGUCGAUGCUGUAUGCGAACAGGGCGCAGGCGCACAUGGGCAUUGGGAACUGGCCCGAGGGCGCGGUUGAUGCCGAGGCGAGCGUGGAGGCGAGGAGGGUGGGCAAUGCGAAGGGCUGGUGGAGGAGGGGGCGGUGCCUGACGGAGAUGGGGAGGUUGGAUGAGGCGCGGGAGUGGGUGAAGAGGGCGCUGGAGAUGGAGGGCGAGGAGGCGGAUUUGAUGACGCUGUUGAAGGAUAUUGAGGAGAAGAUUGCAAAGGUGCGGGCUGCUUAGAAGGGGAAAGGGGGGGAUUUUGAGUGGGCGUGUACGUUUCAUACAUUGCGAGGGAUGGGAUGGGGAGAGCUUUGGGAGCAAGAUGGCGUUGGGGAGUUUUUACUUGUACUACUUGCGAUGCUGUAACGAUAUGUGGCAUUGCUUGCUACAUCAGCUGGGCUGUUUUGUCUUGCUUAUAGAGGGGCAUAUACACACACAACAAAUACGCUUAUCCUAUAUACACCUGAUUUGCCAUUGAGCUUGUUUUUGCUUGUAUAUUACUGUGUAUUGACCGGGAUAAUGCGUUAUAUAUACAC